AUGAAGGUUUCAUCCCUCCUCGCUUACUCCUCCGUUGCCCUCAUGGGCGCCGAAGCAUGGAGCUUCACCGUCUGGACCGGCGCCAACAAGUCCGGCGACAAGAGACACUACUUCAGCACCAUCGGUGAUAAGAACUGCUACAAUAUCGACACAGGCAUCACCUCCAAGGGUGUUGGCUCCUUUUCCUUCUGCAGCAUGUUCUGGUCCCGCUGCUCCAUCACCAUUCACGACGCCAUUGGGUGCAACGGCAAGAUCUUGGGCUCUGCCACUGGCGACGCCCCUAUUAAGGAGUGGCAGAAGGGCCAGACUAGCAGCGAAGGUUCCACGAUGAAGAGCUUUAGAAUUCAGGGUUGCAAGGAGCUGCCUAUCACGGGUGGUCAGCUUGAUUGCAACAUCUGCACUGAUGACCCGAAAUAA